UUGGAGAAGAAAUAGCGGUCAGCCCACUCACUCAGCCCGACUGCCCCUCAGAGUCCCAGCCUCCCUUCCCUGCUCCGCCUCCGCCCACGCCCACGGCCACGCCUCCACUGCCCUUGGUUUGCUUGCUCAGUUGCUCCGCCCACGGCUUUGCCGACAGCUACUGAAAUUAACCCACAUCGACCGCCACGUGGCCUGCCAGCCAGCUUCUAUUGUAGCAAUGUCCAACAACAAUCAAGAACCAGACAAUCUUGAAUCCGUAUUCAAGCAAAAGCGAUUCCUCCGCACCAAAGUUCGUCAAGCCCUUAAGGCGAUGGAUCCCUCUCUCCGAACCCGAGAAGAUGAUAUAGUCCAGAGUAAAGUUUUGGAAGCUCCAUGGUUCAAAUCAAGUAAGAGAUUAUGCGCCUAUAUAAGCUGCAGUGUUUUACGAGAAGUUGAUACCUCUAAAUUGUUAUAUCAAAUUCUGCAUAAUUCUUCCUCGGCCCCGGAUGGUAGUAUGCCUCAGACUGCAAUAAAACUUUACGUCCCUCGUGUCGAGGACAAGAAUAGUAACAUGAGGAUGUUCAAUAUCUCGCACAUGGAUGAUUUAGUUGCGAAUUCCAUGAACAUUUUGGAGCCUGCUUCAGUUGAUGCCGAAGGAAACGAACGCGAAGAUGUGAUGCACGCAAACGAUCCGGUCGAUUUGUUCAUUCUGCCUGGGCUUGCUUUCGACAGAUCUGGAAAACGGUUAGGCCGUGGAGGAGGAUAUUAUGAUACUUUCUUGAAGAAGUACAGAGAGCUUGCCAAGGAAAAGGAUUGGAGGCAGCCACUCUUUGUCGCACUGUCUUAUUCCGUGCAGAUAAUGGAUGAAGAAGUAAUACCGAUCACCCCAAAUGAUGUACUGGUGGAUGCUUUAGUUUUACCAACUGGCGUGAUUCCGAUUACCUCGGCCGCCUUCGAGAGAAUGAAGCUUUAAUGCUAUGCUCCUCUGAGCUGAAGCGAAAUCCGAGUGCUUUUCUUCAAUGUGGUUCUCAGGCUUGUGCUAUUGAAUAAUGGGAUACGGUGGGAUGAACAUUUAUAUCAUACAAUGAA